CGGAAGUCCAGAACACACCCAACCUGAUUGAUUGCAGCGUCCAGCAUGCUGGAUCGAGCGUAGGUAAAAGAAAAAGCAGACAGCAUUUCAACAUGAGGGACCCACUGACGGAUUGUUCGUACAAUAAAGUAUACAAGAGCCUGAAGGAGUUUGCUCAAAAUGGAGACAAUUUCUGCAAGCAGAUCACAUCCGUUCUCCAGCAAAGGGCCAACCUGGAGAUGAGCUACGCCAAAGGGCUUCAGAAACUGGCAGUCAAGCUCAGCAAAGCACUACAGACCACAAAGAAAAACUGUCUCAGCACUGCUUGGGCCUGGGCUUCAGAGAGCAUGAAAUCUGCAGCAGACCUCCAUCAAAAACUUGGCAAAGCAAUUGAAUUGGAAGCAAUAAAGCCGACACACCAAGUCCUGAGUAUGCAAGAGAAGAAGAGAAAAUCACUUGAUAAUGAAGUGGAAAAGACAGCAAACCUUGUUAUCAAUAACUGGAAUCAGCAAAUCAAGGCUAAGAAAAAAUUAAUGAUGAGUACCAAGAAGCAUGAAGCACUUUUCCACCUUAUAGAAAGCUCCAAGCAAUCUGUGACCCAAAAGGAGAAACAGAAGCUUCUCAACAAGCUGAAAAAAUCAACUGAAAAAUUGGAAAAAGAAGAUGAAAGCUACUACCAAAAAAACAUGGCAGGCUAUUCUACUAGGCUGAAGUGGGAAAGCACCCUGGAAAACUGCUACAAGAGCAUGUUGGAGCUGGAAAAGGAAAGAAUUCAACUUUUAUGCAAUAACUUAAACCAAUAUAGCCAACAUAUUUCUCUUUUCGGACAAACGCUGACCACAUGCCACACACAGAUCCACUGUGCCAUCAGCAAGGUUGAUAUUGAAAAAGAUAUCCAGGCUCUAAUGGAAGAAACUGCAGUCCUGUCUAUAGAAAACAAAUCAGAGCUUCUACUGGCUGACUACUUUGAAGAAGAUCUAAAGAACCCAAUGGACAAAGAGCGACGGAAGUCUUUAAUAAAACCCAAAUUGUGGAGACUGCAAAAAGACAUUGAAAAGGCCUCAAGAGAUAAAGAAGGCCUGGAAGAGAAGCUUAAAAUACUCGCCAGCAGCGCCUCCUUUUCUGAUGCCAAGAGCCAGAAAGAUGCGGAGAUCCUAAUGGACGAGAACAGUUUGAAACUAGACCUUUUGCAAGCAAACUCCUACAAACUGUCGUCGGUGUUGGCAGACCUGGAGCAAAGGCCAAAGCCCUGCCACCCGUGCAGCGCCUGCAUUUUCAAAUGGAAAGAAAAGGAGCACUCUCAUAGCUAUGUGAAAAUAUCCCGGCCUCUUUUGACGAAGAGAUUAGAGAAAGCCGAGAGCAGAGCACCUGCGGGUGGGCAGGACAGCCCGAGCUCUUCACCUCCAGGCUCUAGUGUGUCCCAAGUCAGCAACCAUCUUUGCAAAGCCUUAUAUACUUUCCAAGCCAGGCAAGAUGAUGAGUUAAAUUUGGAAAAAGGAGACAUCGUGACCAUACAUGAGAAGAAAGAAGAAGGAUGGUGGUUCGGUUCUUUAAAUGGGAAGAAAGGCCAUUUUCCUGCUGCCUAUGUGGAAGAGCUGCCUCCAAAGGCUGGAAACACAGCUACACAGGCAUAAAACAAGAAUGGACACAUGGGUGGCCUUGCACAUUCUGUAAACAAUGUGGUGAAAAAUAAAAAAAAAAAAAAAAAAAAAAAAAAGAGGAAGUUAUCCUCUCUUUUCUUAUGCAGUGGGUGGUAGAGACCUACCUGCAUUUCACACUGCUUUGUACAUGGGGUUAUUAACUUCAAACAGUUAAAUAAAAGACAGUUGGACUGAAUGAGACAAAAA